AUGAUUUGCCAUACAGGUACCAGUAAGGGUAUCAAACAGUCAAGGACCUUCACACAGGAGAAGACAUGCAAAGAAGAGAAGAACGAGGGACAGUUGAAGGUUCCACUGCAUGCUGCCGUAAGAAGAACAGCUGUUAUGACAGGGGUAUCCGAGACAACUGUACAAAGGAUCCGUAAGGAAUCCGACAUUCGUGAACAAUCGCGCAAAACUCGCUCAGAUAAAUAUGAAAUAGAUGACUUUGAUAAAUCUGUUGUACGAAGAACAGUGCAAGAAAUGAUUAAUUCGCGGAAAAUUAUUCCAACAGCCAAACGCUUAGCGGACCUGUUAAAAGAAAAAAUAAAUUAUCUUGGCGGUGAGCAUCAUUUAAGGCGCAUACUUAAGGAACUGGGAUUCUCUUGGAAAUGUGUUGGAUUGAUCAGGAAGCAAUUAAUGGAACGGUCAGAUAUUGUUUUUCUUCGGGCGCAAUAUUUACGGAAAAUGAAGGUAUUCAGGGAGCUCGGACGCCCUAUCAUAUAUACGGACGAAACAUUUGUGCAUGCAGCACAUACAGCUUCGAAAUGCUGGCAGUCGGAAGAUGUUGUUCUCGAUGUUCCAUUUAAUAAGGGCGAUCGACUCAUCAUUGUACAUGCCGGGUCUGAAGCUGGCUUUGUUAAAGGUGCCGGAUUAGUUUUUAAAUCGAAAUCACGCAGUGGAGAUUACCAUGAUGAAAUGAACUCAGAAAAUUUUCAGAAAUGGUUAACGAAACAACUCAUACCAAACUUGCCUGCCAAUUCUGUUGUUGUCAUUGAUAACGCACCAUAUCAUAAUGUCCAGGAAGAUCGCUGUCCCUCACAGUCAACGUUAAAAGCGGAAGUGAAAAAUUGGUUACGACGAAAUAAUAUCCAAUUUGAUGACAACAUGCUAAAACCGGAACUUCUGGAGUUAUGCAAAAGGAACAAGCCUGCACCUAAGUUCGUUGUUGACAACAUUCUUAAAAGUCAUGGACAUGACUGUAUUCGGUUACCGCCGUACCACGCAGAUCUAAACGCUAUUGAGUUGAUCUGGGCUAACUUGAAACGACAGGUUGCAGUUCGCACUUUCAAGUUUAACUUGAAAGAAGACUCUUCUCUUGUUGAAGAAGCUUUCGGACAGAUAACACCCAGCGACUGGAAGUCAUGCUGCGAACAUGUGAAAAGGGUGGAGGAGGAAUUCUGGCGACAGGAUGUUGCCAGAGAUAUUGAUAUGGAACGGUUGGUGAUUUCUGUUAGCUCUGGCAGUGACUCUGAUACAGACACAGCCUAUGAAGGUGAAAAUUCGGAGACGGACACAGCUGACGAUUCUGCGACAGAUACAGCGGACGAGCCAUAA